AGGCAACAAACAUCAAUACAUUAAAAAUAAGAAGCAAACAAUAACUAAAAACAGUGGUUUUUAUUAUCUAUUUGGUGGUUUUUCCGUUAUCUCAUUAUUGAAUAUUUCGGUUUAUAUAUAUAUAUAUAUGUCUACGAUUGCCAAUAAUAACUAAACAUAUUGUUUUUAUGGUGGUUGAGUAUAUAAUAUUAAAUCAUGUACAAAAUGUUUAAUAUGGAAAAUAAAUCCUACAAAGAAACAGAAGCCGGUACGGAAUUGAACAAAGUCACAAUAAUCAAUGGCAACAUUAAAGCUUCAACUAAUACCUGUACUCCAGAAGUAUGCAGAAGAGCAAGACAACAAUACCAGCCUCCAGAUUUAGCCAAUAGCAGUCCCUGGAACCAGAAAAAAACUUACUUUUUCAUUUCGGUAAUAGUGCUUUUAAUUGUGUGGAUUGUUGUGUAUACUACUGUAAGUCAACUGAAAAUUGUAUGAUAAGAAUGAGACGAAACUAUUGUGCAAAGGCUGUGAGGUAAAUUAAGUGUUUCAGAUUUUUUUCUUUUAGUUUUGCAAAUUUUGUUAAACAAAAAACAUGUAGUAAUAUGAUUUUUUUAUGUAUUCUUUUUCAAUAAAUAUUUGACAAAGUACAUAAAACAGCUUGUGCCUAGGUUGAUAAAAGUUUAUGUAAAAAUUUAAAUGCACCUCACCUGUUAUUGGCCCAGAAUCGAUGUUGCCAUCUAAUUUCUAUAUGGAUGCUUACUCCUUAGGCAGGUGGAAUUAACAUAUUCAGGUCCAAAAACUAUACAGAAGCAUCCAAAAGUUACGUUGAGCGAAAUUCACACCAAAAAAUAUAAUCUUGAAAAAGUUCCAUGUUUAUUUGUAACUAAAACAACUAUUAUUUGAAUAAAAAAGAACUUUAAUGAAGUCAACAACAUAAAAAAACUAUCAAGUAAACUCAUUUUUUAUUUUUCUUAUUUUUCUUUGUUUCUUCACUUUUCCUUUUCCUUUCAUUGACAGGCUUUGCGCCUUCUUCAUUCAUGCCCUCUUGCAAUUCUGCUAAAGGCGAUACACUAAAUCCUGGAAUAUGAGGUUCCACUAAUUGAACUGUGAAUUUCUCAUGCUGGAUAUUGCUCGAAUCUAAUUUUAAGCGAAUCAGCACUGGAUCGAAAGUAUGGAAAACAACAUCUCCAGCUUUUUGCGUGAUAGUCUCCUCGUCGUACUCAAAUAUUGAAGUCUCCCCUUUCUUUACCAAGUACAUCGUACACUCUAGGCCAUAUUUAGGUAUCAAAAUUUGCAAAGCAUUUUUCCUGACAUACAAAAUAUACCCUUGCUCGUCGUUAAGUUUUCCUUUGAAAAACAGAUGAGUAUUGAACGCAACAGAAGCUCUUCCAGCAUAUUGCGCCAUCCUGUUUCUGUAAUUCAAAUUCUGACACAACUCUGAAGAUUUUUGUUUGUCUAAUAAAUCUGGAUAAGUACUAUCAGCUGCACAAGUCACGGCUAACAAUCUAUGAACAAUUAUAUCUGCAUAACGACGAAUAGGAGAUGUAAAAUGAGUGUACAAAGGCACUGCGAGACCAUAAUGGUAAAAAUCUUCUUUUUGCAAAGUUCCACUAGGGAAAUAUACAGCUUGUAACAUGCAUCUUGUAGCUAACAUCCUCAACAUUGUAUUCAAAUAAGGAUUAUCUGCUUUAACAGCAUUAUCUAAGGAUUCAGCUAAAUUUUUGCCACAAUCUAUUUGAAUAUCGAAGCCCAAAUGUCUUCCUGCUUUAACCAAUGGAUCGAAAUUAGUAGCUGGUGGUGUAGGGUGACGUCUCAACAUGGCACAAUCAGGAAAAUCGUCCAAAAUUUUUUCAGCAACACUUAUGUUAGCUAACAACAUAAAUUCCUCAACCAUUGAAUUGGUUUCAUACAUUUUUUUCACUUCCACAUCAAGAGGCUCCAUUGUUUCUGAAUCCAUUAAGAUUUUAACUUCAGUAGAAGCCAAAACUAAAGCCCCAUUUUCUCUGCGUCUCCUUUUCAAAAUUUUAGCCAACAUAUUAAGAUUCCUCAAUGACUCUGCUAUAGAAUCGGUUUGAGUUUUAUCAUCAAUAGUAAUCUGAGCUUCUUCAUAUGUCAUAGCUCUUCUAGACCUUAUUAUACUUUUAUGAAAUCUAGUCUUCAAAAUAUUGGCAUUCUGGUCCAUUUCCCAUACGCAUGAAAAGGCAAAUCUUUCUUCUCCACCUCUAAGGGAGCACAAAUUUGAGCUCAAAAGUUCUGGAACCAUAUCGAUACGUUUGCCAACUAAAUAUACGGUUGUGGCUCUUGAAGCGGCUUCAAGAUCAAUUGCUGUGCCAGGUCUAAUAAAGUGAGACACAUCUGCUAUGUGAACUCCAACUUCUAAUUUACCAUCUUUGAUGGGACGACAAUGUAAUGCAUCAUCGAUAUCAGUACAUCCUGGAGGAUCUACAGAGCAAAUAUCAAUAUCGCGCAAAUCCACUCUGCGCUUCUCAUCUUCCUCGGUAAUAAUCCAAGGAAGUUUUGGUAAACAACUCAAAACUUCUUCUGAAAAUUGACUGUGAGGGACAUCGUGUUCUAAAAGUACAACUUCAUUUUCUGUGUCUUGGCUUCCAAUGCGGCCUAAAGCUCUUACAAAAUGUCCAUGUGGAUAGCGUGAAUGUCUAGGCCAAGCAUCUAUGGUGACAAUAAGUUUUUGAGUUUUGAGAAAAUCUGCUUGUCUGGUUUCUAUUCUAACUUUUGGUAUCGAUCUAUUUGCUGGUACAAAAAUUUGAUAAACUCCAUCGGAAUUACCUUGUAGAAUACCACAAUACUGUUUCCAUUUUCUUCUAAUUAUACCAACCACUUUUCCAGUUGGUUUUAUUUCAGAGUCUUGCACAGUAGUAUUUUUCAAUACUUUUUCUUUUUCUUCAACAUCUUCAAUUUGUUCUUCAGAAACUCCAUCAUCUUCCAAGAUAAUUUCACUAGGACUAACCCACUGUUCUUUUUUAAAUAUUUCAAUGGCAACAAUGUCUCCAUCAACGGCCCUAUUUAAACCGCUUCUACCUUGAACCAAAACAGGAUCUGUAAAUCCUUCUACAUUAAUAAAGCCUUCUAAAAAGUUAUCCUUUGAAGCUCUGAAAGUUCCUUGAUGCAAUAUACCUUGCUUAAUGCCAUUAAGUAAUUGUGCAGUGGAUAAGUGAGGAGGAAAAAUUUCUUUGCCUUUUGAUUCAGUGUGGAAAUCUUUCCGUGAAAGCUUGUCUUCUAAAAGAGACUUAUUUUCAAGAUGUUUUACAUAUUCUGCAAUAGUGCAAGCUGGUAUUUGGCCUGCAAUUGCCAAUUGCCUGUUUUUGUUGUCAUCUGUUAUAAGAACAAAAUGGUUAGCUGGAAGAUGUUUGAUGUACCAGGAAGUAGCUGCUCUGAUACAUCUAUCGUUAUGAUCAUUGAUUAAUAUGCUGUCUUCUUCAGGAAUGAAUGUGUCCUGAUGAUGAUCAUUGAUGAAAACAUAAAAAUGCCUGCUAGGGUUAUCUAAUAUAGCAUUUAAUCUUUUGUAAAUAGGCAAACUCCUGUUUUUAACUUCUUUGUAUACAGUAUGCAAAAUGAUAACAUUAGAAAUUACUGGUUCUUCCAAAACGUCCAUUUGAUCUAAGAUUAUAUUUGUGUCCAGAAUGACAAAAUGAUUGAAAUUGUAGAGGGAACAUUUAUUAAUGUGGGUUUCAGAUAAGAAACUAGAGGCUUCAGCUUUGCAUUUGGUGCAAUUGGGGACUCCACAAGAAAUAUCGUCUCUGAUGUAAUGUUCUCGGACGUUUUUGAGGAAAUUGCCGAUUUUGUUCUUCUUGAUGAAGGAUUUUGUGGUGAACAUUUUCGAAUUUUAUUGUUUAGUAGAUUUCAGCGUGGAACCA